UUCGUUAAAAAAAAAAAAAAGAAGAUUAUAUGUGAUUAUCAUUAGAUUCCUUUGAGAGAAAAACGGAAUUAUGACAAUUACUUGUUUUCCUUAUUAGAUAACUAAAAUUGAUUAUUUAAAUGGAAAUCUCUAUAGUACUCGUGAAUUGACAGUCGACAAAAAAAAAAUAAAAAGCAAAAGCACAAAAGAACUUUGUCUUCAUAGAGGGCUAAGUUAUCUUUCUUCUUAUCCAAGAAACCUAAACCUAAACAAGACGAAGUUUGUUCACGGACUAGGCAACUAGCAUCUCGUGUUUGAUACUUUGAUCUAGUGUGUGUGUGUGUUAUGAUUUAGAGUCGAAUCCAAACAUUAUAAUUGAAUUUUGAAAUUAAUACUUAUACAUCGUUAUAAAUUGGUUGGAACUCAACCAAAACCAUCUCUCAUAUAUUUGAAGUGUGUAGACUAGUUAACCUGAUUCAAUUCAAUUUCAGGAUUAUUAUUAUGGAGUGUGCCGCAAGCGAUGCAAAUGAUUUGAGCAGCAUUCACUUGCACAAGAGGCAACAAACAAAGGAUGAAACACGAUCGGCAAUGCUGGAUCUUGAUUUUCUUGAUUGCCCUAUUUGCAUCGAGCCGUUCACUGUUCCUAUCUUCCAGUGUGAUAAUGGACAUUUAGCUUGCGCUUCUUGCUGUCCCAAACUGAGUAAUAAGUGCCCUACAUGUACUUUGCCUGUUGGUCACAUUCGCAGCAGAGCAAUGGAGAGUGUUCUUGAAUCUAUCUUUAUCCCAUGCCCGAACGCCAAGUUAGGUUGCACCACGAAUGUCUCUUAUGGGAAACAGUCAAUACAUGAGAAGGAAUGUAGCUUCUCUCUCCUCUGCUCAUGCCCUCUACAAGACUGCAAUUACACUAGCUCAUACUCUAACAUGUACCGUCACUUUAUUAGUGACCACCAGAACAAAUAUAUGUUGUUCUGUUGUGACACUUUCGCUAAUGUUCGGAUGAAUAUAAGCGAUAAGAUAUUGAUUAGAGUUGAAUAUGAGGUAAGCCUAGUGUUUGCAGUGCAAUGUUUUAAGGAGCCGUGUGGUGUCUAUGUAACUGUAAGCUGCAUUGCACCGUCUUUUCAAGAAGUAGGAAAAUUCUCAUACCAUCUCUCCUACACUGUGGAUGGGCACACUAUGACUUACGAAUCACCGAAAGUGAAGAAAGUUCUUAAAGUGAGCUACCAAAUACCUGAAGAGAGUUUCAUGUUGAUCCCUCACAGUUUAUUGCGUGGUGAAAUUUUGGAUAUGAAGCUUUGCAUCAAGAAGUUGAGGCAAGAGUAAGAAAAAGCUGCUUAUUUAUUCGUACGGAAAUUCUAUUUGAUCUUGUCUGGUUUAUUUAACUUGCCAAUUGUUGUUAAUAUGUAAGUUUUAAACCUGAAGAACUAAGAUCAGAACAAAAUCAGAAUUCGAUUUAACAAGCUUUCAGUUUAUACUAGAUUUUGUUGGCUCACACCAGAGCUAUGAUUGAUGAAAUAUUUGUUGGCUCAGGGAGCCAUAUAAUGUGUUUUAUAUGACUAUUAGCUCUAUGCUCUUAUUCUGCUUUAGAAGUUGGUGAAUUUUUAUGUCACAUACGUACAUGCCUUAAUUUUGCCUAAUAAUUAACAUAGUCCUUGACUUACAAACUUUGGUUGAGACUAGUCUCUCAAUCUCAUUAUAAAUAAUGAAAGAGAUAGUGAGGUUGUAUUGCAAGAUGUAUAUAGUGUGUGAUGUUGAAUUUGGUUUUUAAAGAGUUAUCAAUUAAUGAGAAUCCAAAACAAAUGUGUAGAUUACUAAUCAAAACCAAAUAUUCAUAUAAAAAAUUAACAUAAAACCAAAUAUUCAUAUAAUAUCUAAAAAAUUAACAUAUAAAAAUGAAAUCAUGGGCUGGACGUUCACAAGACCGGACUGCUCCACAACUGUCUCUUUCACGGUGAAUAGAGCUUUUGUGGCCUCAACUCUUGUGCCGGAAAGCACUCCCUUUGCGAAGUGCACUUACAAUGGCAGCCGCGCAACCAAAUAUCGCCUCUCUCACUAUUAUGUCGGACUCUCAGGUCCUAAUCUCACUCAUCACCUCGAAGGAAAGUACAAUGGAGCUUAAAUGGAUCCUCCACGAUAUUACUCUGCUUAGCCUUACCUUCACUUCUAUCUCUUUUGUGUUUAUUCCAAGAACGGAAAAUGUUUUAGCCGAUUCUCUUGCUAAAUCAGCCCUUGUGGCUAUGUCCAAUUCCUCCUCUAAUGGAGUGUAAAACUCUGAUUUCAUUUUACUGAAGUUUAGUUUGCCCAAAAAAAGAAAUGAAGUGAGAACCAAAGAUGUAUGAUUAAUCUAAAUUAAGAACAUUUCUUAAUUAACCUAUCAAAUAAUUGACCAUGACUACAAGAUCUUCUUCAAUGAUCAUAUUGCAAUAGAUGAUUUUGAGGGUAACCAAUACAAAAUUCCACAUUAAUAUUUCCGUAUCGUCAAAACAUACAAGGAAAUAGAAAUAAUGGUAGACAAAGGAAAAAACUUAUUUAGUACUAAACUGAUAUAUCAAUAAAAACCAAAAAAAAAAAAUACAGAGUUACAAUAAUGAAAAUAACAACAACGUACUGAACCAAUAGAAAGCAACAAAACCUAUCGAACGAUAUGUUUCUUUGCUAUUUUGGUGGUGAUUCAAGUAAGCACGAGUGAGUUUGUUGAAAGACUCUUCUCGGAUCGAAGAACGCAGCAAUGAUGGGUUGAAGAACUUGGUGCAAACAACAUCUCACCGAGACAUUUCCUUCCUUAAUAAGGUCUUUGACCAACCUUUCAAGGCAAGCAUCACAAUACUUGUACAAAGCUGACAAUGAA